UUACCGUGAUGUCCAGUCCGAGUCCAACGAAGGCCUUGAAAACACGUCUAGUUGUAUUAAUAAAAAAGCUUAAAAUGAUACGCAUUUAAUAAAUAUACAUAAAGAUGUCGUGUUUGUGGUUCAGUGUAUUUUUCAUAGUGCUCUUGGAAUAUUUCACGGUUUGUGGCCAAUAUGUUCAGUCUCCAUGCCCACAAAUUUUUGAUUACAAGUCCGAUAAUACGGGGAUAUAUGGAACAAUUCAUUUGCAGCCUUUUGGAUAUGUGAACUCUGUUACAUUAAAGGCUAAUUUCACCAUUGCUACAAGACUACCUUCUAGUUACGUUGGUAACAUACAGCUGCUGAGCCAAGAAUUGAAUGUGCUUCAAGAUUUCAACCGCGGGGCGCCAAUUGACUAUCGAGUGAAUUUUCCCGUUAGUUCGCCUUUGCCCCGUCUGACAGGACUUUCGGCAAACGAUAACCUGCUCUGUUAUGGAUCUGGUGAUAUCCCUGGUCCCGCGCAAUAUGUGACUACGAUAAGUCUACAACACUCCUUGUUCCUUCGAAACGAUUUCAAUGGCGUUUAUGAACCACAUCGACCAACUUAUCCUUCAGAUAACCAAUUCCACAUUGAAAAAAUCAAUCAACCGAAUCGGCAAUCAGAAUUCGAGGUGUAUAAAAUAUCACAACAGACACCCGUAUAUAAGCAGCCACCGCCACCUCCGCCACCACGACGUCCAGAAAUAAUAUAUGCGGAAAUCAUUACGGAAAGACCUCAAAGGCCUCCACCACCGCCUCCACCGUACAGAGAACCAGAAUAUGAAGUUUAUGAAACGCCAAUCUUCACAAAUGAGCAAGAAUUCGAAAGACCUAUAGUGAUCCCGCCGAAACGUACGCAGCGCCCAAAAAUAAAAACAACAACUACCACUACUACGGAAGCCCCCAGAACAAUUCCCAAUCCAGAACCUUUAAACACCCAAUCGUCGUCGCAAUAUGAUACAUGUGGAGUGACGUCAGAAAACGUUCCCUUGAUAUUUCAGGGUAGUAGUUACCAAAGAGGCGAUUGGCCGUGGUUGGUUGCUAUCUACAGGCGAAGGACGAGCAGUCUGAGUUACAUCUGUUCGGGAACGUUAGUAUCGGAUCAACAUAUUAUCACAGCGGCGCAUUGCAUGCAGGGGAAGAACUCAAUUACAUCCAUAAAAGACAUCGUUGUGAAAGUUGGUGUGUACAAUCUUGAAGACUGGGGCGAUGACAUCACCGUCACUCUGAAGCUGAGCAGUGCUGCCAUACACGAAUCAUAUAACGCCACUAAUCUAGCAAAUGAUAUCCUCGUGAUGACUUUAGAAAGACCGGUGACUUUUAACGCUAAUAUUAUACCGGCGUGUCUAUGGACUAGUAACGCGGACUUGAAUCGUAUUGUGGGCACUACUGGCGUGGUAACAGGAUGGGGAGCGUCCGAACUGGGCCCGGGCGGGUCGGGAGAACCCCGUAUGGUACGAAUGCCGGUUGUCAGUACCAAGGAGUGUAGAGCUAGCAAACCCGAAUUUCAUAGAUUAACGUCACAUAAAACUUUAUGUGCAGGUGAUAAAAAAGGAGCGGGUCCCUGUUUAGGAGAUUCGGGAGGUGGACUUUACAUACUCGACAACGGGCGUUGGAGGUUACGAGGCGUAGUCUCAUUAUCCCUCGUAUCACAGAACGGGGACCACACUUGUAAUCUAAAUGAAUAUGUUGUGUUUACUGACACUGCUCAGUAUAUACCUUGGAUUAAGGAGAAAAUGAAGAAGGACACUUAGUUAGCGAAAAUUGUUUAAAUGAAUAUUGCAUUUUUGUAAAUGACAAAAAAUACAUAAUUUAAGUCAUAA